AUGUUCCCUUUAGACAUCUGCCUCUGCUGUGGAAGUUUCCAGGUCCAUACACAGCACCCUCUGUUUGAGGGAGGGAUGUGCAUUCCAUGUAAGGACAAAUUCCUGUACACGCUCUUUCUGUAUGACGAGGACGGAUACCAAUCCUACUGCUCCAUCUGCUGCUCAGGGGAGACGCUGCUCAUCUGCGAAAACCCUGACUGCACACGAUGCUACUGUUUCGAGUGUGUCGAUACCCUGGUCAGCCCUGGGACGUCGGAGAAAGUUCAGGCCAUGAGUAACUGGGUGUGCUUCCUGUGCCUGCCUUUCUCCCGCAGCGGGCUGCUGCAGAGGAGGAAGAAGUGGCGGGGCCGGCUGAAGGCCUUCUACGACCGCGAGUCGGAGAGUCCCCUUGAGAUGUACAAAACCGUGCCCGUGUGGAAAAGAGAGCCGGUGCGGGUGCUGUCCCUUUUUGGGGACAUCAAGAAAGAAUGGGGCCCAUUUGACCUCCUGUACGGCUCGACGCCUCCCCUUGGCCAUGCCUGUGACCGUCCUCCUGGCUGGUACGUGUUCCAGUUCCACCGCCUCCUGCAGUACGCGCGACCCAGGCAGGGCAGCCAGCAGCCCUUCUUCUGGAUGUUUGUGGACAGUCUGCUGCUGGCCGAAGAAGACCGGGCUGUGGCUUCUCGCUUCCUGGAGACAGAGCCAGUGACCAUCCAGGACGUCUGCGGGACAGCCCCCCAGAGCGCUGUGCGUGUGUGGAGCAACAUCCCAGCUGUGAAGAGCAAGCAUUCAGCCCAGGCUUCUGAAGAGGAGUUGUCUCUGCUGGCUCAGGACAGGCAGAGAGCAAAUCUCCCCGCCCAGGAGCCGGCCAAGCUGGUGAAGAAUUGUUUUCUCCCCCUAAGAGAGUAUUUCAAGUAUUUUUCAACAGAACUCACUUCCUCUUUAUAAAUGAGUAACUAUACCGAAAGGGGAAAAAAGACUUUUCCUAGAACAAAGACAACUUUCCUUGUGUCGUCUCUGUCUUUCCUCUUCUGAGUGUUAUGUUACUUGCUCGCUUGGCGCUGGAUUCUCAUGGUCACCGGGGCCGGUCUUCUGUUUGGUUCCAGAGGAGCUUGUCCAGGGCAGGGGCGGGCACCGCACGGCUGUGGGCGGAAUCUCAGUGAUACGGUGUGUGUUGUAUUUCCCAAAGGCAUUUCUGUGUUCCAGUUGAGAAGUUAAAAUAUAUUUAUUAUAAGACAGUUA